CUGGAUACGUUUUUGCAAAAUCCAACAUGUCGAACAUCCAAAUAACUUGCACAAUCGUCGUUUAGAGGAAAAGUGCAGGUUAAUGCAUCACAACUAACGUCAACUUGGGACAUUUUGCCGAGGAGGACUCGAUGAAGGUGCAGUAAGGCUGCUUGGAGCUGGCUUCUGGACAGAACUCGGCUCUCCUGAGGCGUGUAACCGGAGGAGGGGUCUUGGGGCGACGCGACGUCCGAUGUCACCCGAGAGAAGACGCUGGGCGAGAGGAGCAACGUCGGGUCCACGGUGGCGGCGAUCCUCUGCGGAGAAAGCGCCUGAACGCAGCACACAGGCGCGUUACCUUGUCGUACUGGCUGUGAGCUUUGGUCAGCAUCUGGAUGAUGUCCACCGCCUGCCCUUCGCCUUGGACGCCGCCCGCACCUCCGUCUGGGGGCAGCCAGCCAUCCUGCCCCACCGCCUGCUCCUGCUGGGCUCCGACUACUCUCCCCCUCACCCUCUUCCUCGCCCCUCUGCCCCAGGCCUGACCAACGAGCACCCGGGCGUCGGCGACCGUGAUGGGAGCGGGGGCGGGGUCAACCACGGCGUAGUGGGAGUGGUGGGUCUGGCCCCGGAACACAUCGCCACGCCGGGCGCUGCCCUGAGCUGGCAGGCCGCCAUCGACGCCGCCCGCCAGGCCAAGAUGAUGGGCAACGCGGCCUCGGGCGGCGCCGCGGGGCUGGCGGCGGGAGGGGGCGGGCCCAUCUCCACGGCCAGCUCCACACAGCGCAAGAGGCAGCACUACAGCUCCAAGCCCAAGAAGCAGACCACCACCACGGCUACGCGGCCCCCUCGAGCGCUGCUGUGCCUCACGCUCAAGAACCCCAUACGCCGGGCCUGCAUCAGCAUCGUGGAGUGGAAACCGUUCGAGAUCAUCAUCCUGAUGACCAUUUUCGCUAACUGCGUGGCCUUAGCCGUCUACAUCCCCUUCCCCGAGGACGACUCCAACGCCACCAACUCCAAUUUGGAGCGCGUGGAGUAUCUGUUCCUCAUCAUCUUCACCGUGGAGGCGUUCCUGAAGGUGAUAGCCUACGGCCUGCUCUUCCACCCGAAUGCCUACCUGAGGAACGGCUGGAAUCUGCUCGACUUCAUCAUCGUAGUCGUCGGGUUGUUCAGUGCCAUCCUGGAGCAGGCCACCAAGGGCGACGGCGCCGCUCCAAUCGGAGGAAAAGCGGCGGGCUUCGACGUCAAGGCUCUGCGGGCCUUCCGAGUACUCCGACCCCUCCGACUGGUCUCCGGAGUGCCCAGUUUGCAGGUGGUGUUGAAUUCCAUCAUCAAAGCCAUGGUCCCCCUGCUCCACAUCGCCCUGCUGGUCCUCUUCGUCAUCAUCAUCUACGCCAUCAUCGGCCUGGAGCUCUUCAUGGGCAAGAUGCACAAGACCUGCUUUCACGAGCACACAGGCACGAUAGCGGAGGAAAAACCGGCGCCGUGCGCGCCCGACAUGGCGUACGGCCGACACUGCAACCACAACGGGACCGAGUGCAAAAUGGGCUGGGAGGGCCCCAACGACGGCAUCACCAACUUCGACAACUUCGCCUUCGCCAUGUUGACCGUGUUCCAGUGCAUCACCAUGGAGGGCUGGACGGACGUGCUGUACUGGAUGCAGGACGCUAUGGGCUAUGAGCUGCCGUGGGUCUAUUUUGUCUCUCUCGUCAUCUUCGGCUCCUUUUUCGUCCUCAAUCUCGUUCUGGGGGUGUUGAGUGGAGAGUUUUCCAAGGAGAGGGAGAAGGCCAAGGCACGAGGCGACUUCCAGAAACUCCGAGAAAAACAGCAGCUGGAGGAGGAUCUCAAGGGCUACUUAGACUGGAUCACUCAGGCUGAAGACAUCGACCCGGAGAAUGAGGAGGAGGGUCUGGACGACGACAAACCCAGAAACUUGAGCAUGCCGGCCAGUGAGAACGAAUCGGUGAACACAGACAAUGCACCCGGAGGCGAUGUGGAGGGAGAGACCUGCUGUACCCGGCUAGCAAAUAGGAUCUCCAAAUCCAAGUUCAGUCGCUACUCUCGCAGAUGGAACCGGCUGUGCAGGCGCAAAUGUCGGGCGGCGGUCAAGUCGCAGGUUUUCUAUUGGCUGGUCAUCUUCCUGGUUUUCCUAAACACGCUGACCAUCGCCUCGGAACAUCACCACCAGCCGCAGUGGUUAACCGACGUACAAGACAUCGCCAACAAGGUGUUACUAGCGCUCUUCACUGGUGAGAUGCUGUUGAAGAUGUACAGUCUGGGCCUUCAGGCGUACUUCGUGUCGCUCUUCAACCGCUUCGACAGCUUUGUCGUCUGCGGCGGGAUUCUGGAGACCAUCCUGGUGGAAACUAAGAUCAUGUCGCCACUCGGCAUCUCCGUGCUGCGCUGCGUACGCUUGCUGCGAAUCUUCAAAAUAACCAGAUACUGGAACUCGCUGUCCAACUUGGUGGCCUCUUUGCUGAACUCGGUCCGCUCCAUCGCCUCCCUGCUGCUCCUGCUCUUCCUCUUCAUCAUCAUCUUCUCCCUGCUGGGCAUGCAGCUCUUCGGCGGCAAGUUUAACUUCGAGGAGACCCGGAGAAGCACCUUCGACAACUUCCCCCAGUCCCUGCUGACCGUCUUCCAGAUCUUGACCGGAGAAGACUGGAACUCGGUGAUGUACGACGGCAUCAUGGCGUACGGUGGGCCCUCCUUCCCCGGCAUGCUGGUCUGCAUCUACUUCAUCAUCCUCUUCAUCUGCGGGAACUAUAUCCUACUGAACGUCUUCUUGGCCAUCGCUGUGGACAAUCUGGCCGACGCGGAGAGCCUGACAUCUGCCCAGAAAGAGGAAGAGGAGGAGAAGGAGAGGAAGAAACUGGCCAGGCUGGGCACUCCUGACAAGCGGCACAACAACGAGAAGCCUCCACUGGAGGAGGAGAAGAGGGAGAAGAUUGAGCUGAAGUCCAUCACCUCCGAUGGCGAGACCAACACUGCCACUAAGAUCAACAUGGACGAUUACUGCGGCGAUGAAAGCGAAGAGAAGAAUCCAUACCCUGCUAAUGAUUACAUAGGCGACGACGACGACGAGGAGCCAGACGUGCCGGUGGGCCCGAGGCCGCGGCCGCUCUCCGACAUCCAGCUCAAGGAGAAGGCGGUUCCCAUGCCCAAGGCCCGCGCCUUCUUCGUCUUCAGCCACACCAACAAAUUCAGGGUCCUGUGCCAUAAAAUCGUCAACCACAACAUCUUCACCAACCUCAUCCUCUUCUUCAUCCUGCUCAGCAGCAUCAGUCUGGCGGCGGAGGACCCGGUCAAGAACGACUCCUUCAGAAACGAGAUCCUGGGCUAUGCGGACCACGUCUUCACGGGGCUUUUCACCAUCGAGAUUAUUCUCAAGAUGACAGCCUACGGAGCCUUCCUCCACAAAGGUUCUUUCUGCAGGAACUAUUUCAACAUUCUGGACCUGGUGGUCGUGAGCGUUUCCCUCAUCUCCUCUGGGAUACAGUCCAGCGCAAUCAACGUGGUGAAGAUCCUGCGAGUUCUCCGAGUGCUUCGACCUCUGCGGGCCAUCAACAGAGCCAAGGGUCUAAAGCACGUGGUGCAGUGCGUGUUCGUGGCCAUCAGGACCAUCGGCAACAUCGUCAUCGUCACCACGUUGCUCCAGUUCAUGUUCGCCUGCAUCGGAGUGCAGCUCUUCAAGGGCAAGUUCUUCUCCUGCACAGACAGCUCAAAACAGACUAAGGCGGAGUGCAGAGGCUCCUACAUCAAGUACAAGGACGGCGACGUGGCCAAGCCCGAAAGAGGCCUGAGGCUGUGGGAGAACAGCGAAUUUAACUUUGACGACGUGCUGCAAGGCAUGAUGGCUCUGUUUGCGGUGUCCACCUUUGAGGGCUGGCCGGGGCUCCUGUACCGGGCCAUCGACUCUCACACCGAGGACGUGGGUCCCAUCUACAACUACCGUGUGGUCAUCUCCAUCUUCUUCAUCAUCUACAUCAUCAUCAUCGCCUUCUUCAUGAUGAACAUCUUCGUCGGUUUCGUCAUCGUGACGUUCCAGGAGCAAGGCGAGCAGGAGUAUAAGAACUGCGAGCUGGACAAGAACCAGCGUCAGUGUGUUGAGUACGCCCUGAAGGCCCGCCCCCUCCGCCGAUACAUCCCCAAGAACCCGUACCAGUACAAGGUGUGGUAUGUGGUCAACUCCACCUACUUUGAGUACCUGAUGUUCACGCUCAUCCUCCUCAACACCAUCUGUCUGGCCAUGCAGCAUCACGGUCAGACGAAGAACUUCAACGACGCCAUGAAUAUCCUCAACAUGCUCUUCACCGGCCUCUUCACGGUGGAGAUGAUCCUCAAGUUGAUCGCCUUCAAACCCAGGGGUUACUUUAGUGAUCCCUGGAAUGUGUUUGAUUUCCUCAUCGUAAUUGGCAGCAUAAUCGACGUCAUUCUCAGCGAGAUCAACCCAGCUGACUCCUCCUCGUCGUCCUCCUCUUCGUCCUCCUCCUCUUCCUCCUCUCACCCCCCUGUGGUAAGGCCAAUGGGCCUGCAGAACUCUGAAGAGAACGCCCGGAUCUCCAUCACCUUCUUCCGGCUCUUCCGUGUGAUGCGGCUGGUGAAGCUGCUCUCUCGUGGGGAAGGGAUCCGGACGCUACUGUGGACCUUCAUCAAGUCCUUCCAGGCUCUUCCUUACGUCGCCUUGCUCAUCGUGAUGCUCUUCUUUAUAUACGCGGUCAUCGGCAUGCAGAUGUUUGGCAAGAUAGCGUUGCGGGACCACACGCAGAUCAACAGGAAUAAUAAUUUCCAGACGUUCCCCCAGGCGGUGUUGCUGCUCUUCAGAUGUGCGACGGGCGAGGCGUGGCAGGAGAUCAUGCUGGCGUGCGCGCCCAACCGGCCGUGCGAGAAAGGAUCCACCAACGAGAACGUCACCGUCCACGAGGACUGCGGGAGCCAGUUUGCCAUCAUCUACUUUGUCAGCUUCUACAUGCUCUGUGCCUUUCUGAUCAUCAAUCUCUUCGUGGCUGUCAUCAUGGACAACUUUGACUACCUGACACGGGAUUGGUCCAUCCUGGGGCCGCAUCAUCUUGACGAGUUCAAGAGGAUCUGGGCCGAGUAUGACCCGGAAGCGAAGGGGAGGAUCAAGCACCUGGAUGUGGUGACUCUGCUGCGAAGAAUCCAGCCUCCGCUCGGCUUCGGAAAACUCUGUCCUCACCGGGUCGCCUGCAAGCGACUGGUAUCCAUGAACAUGCCCCUGAACAGCGACGGAACCGUCAUGUUCAAUGCCACGCUGUUUGCACUGGUCAGAACUGCACUGAGGAUCAAGACAGAAGGCAAUCUGGAGCAGGCCAAUGAGGAACUGAGGGCCAUCGUCAAGAAGAUCUGGAAGAGAACCAGCAUGAAACUCCUGGAUCAAGUCGUGCCUCCUGCUGGCGACGACGAGGUGACAGUCGGAAAGUUCUACGCCACCUUCCUCAUUCAGGAGUAUUUCCGCAAGUUCAAGAAGAGGAAAGAACAAGGGCUGGUGGCCAAGGUGCCGCCCAAAACUGCACUCUCUCUGCAGGCGGGCCUGCGGACGUUGCACGACAUCGGUCCGGAGAUCAGGAGGGCCAUCUCCGGAGACCUGACGGUGGAGGAGGAGGUGGACAAAGGCCCGAAGGAGCCGUUGUCGGCCGCAUCCGAGGACGAUAUCUUCAGGGUAAAGCGGUCUGGCGGCUUGUUCGGCAACCACGUCAACUACUACAGCCAGAGCGACGGCCGCGCCUCCUUCCCGCAGUCGUUCACCACCCAGCGUCCCUUGCACAUCAGCCAGAAGGGCUCGCCGUGCGAAGGCGAGAGCCCGUCGCACGAGAAGCUCAUGGACUCCACCACGUUCACGCCGUCCUCGUACUCGUCGUCGGGCUCCAACGCCAACAUCAACAACGCCAACAACACCGGGAUGGCGGGCGUGGCCCCGCAGGGCGUGGGCCGCUUCCCGAGCCCGUCCAUCAGCACGGUGGACGGGCACACGGGACAGCCGCUGACGCCCAUCCUGCUGCCCAGAUCGGCCUGGUGCUUCCCUCCAAAGAGGACAUCUUUCUUUGACAACCUCAUUCGCUCCGACUCGAGCGACAGCCGCCUGCCGAUCAUGCGCAGGGGCGAAGGGUCAACGGAGGAAACGUACGACGAGAGCUACGCCGACGAGCGGGACUUCCACGAGGACGACCACUCGCUCUCCUCAGACAUGCUGGUGUACCACGACGACACCUGCAAGCAGCUGACUCCCAUGGAGGAAGGAGACGACAUGGAGGCGAGACGAGGAGGCGGGUGGCAGUCUCCCAGAAGAGUCUUCUUCUGUCCCACCUCUUUAGGGCGGAGAUCUUCUUUCCACUUAGAGUGUCUGAGGAGGCAGUCGAGGCCAGACGUCUCGCAGAAGACGGCCGUCCCGCUGCACCUCGUCCAUCAUCAGGCACUAGCGGUGGCCGGGCUGAGUCCCUUGAUAAGGAGGAGCCACUCGCCCACCCUCUUCAGCCGGCUGUGCUCCACCCCUCCGGCCAGCCCCACAGGGCAAAGCGGCGAUGCCUCGUAUCAGCAGGUACCCUCGCUGAGGUUAGAGGGCUCCAACUCCUACGAAAAGCUCAACGCCAGCUUGCCCUCGGUCAACUGCGGGCCCUGGUAUACCGACAGUAAUGGGAACAGUCGGGUACCCAGCCCUAGCCCCGCCUCCGGCAUGCCGACGACCAAUCAGAGAGCGGCGCGGCCGGUGUCGCUCACGGUGCCCUCGCUAUCGGGGCACGACUCCAGCUCGCUGUCUCACGGCAGCGCGGGAAGUCUGGUAGAGGCGGUGCUAAUAUCUGAAGGCUUGGGUCAGUUUGCGCAGGACCCCUCCUUCAUCGAAGCCACCAAGGCCGAGCUGGCCGACGCCUGCGACAUGACCAUCGAGGAGAUGGAGCACGCCGCCAGCAACAUCCUCAACGGCAACAACGCCGCCGGCGCGUCGGACGUCGCCACGCCCCCCGCCGCCUCCCGGCACAGCCCCAACGGCAACCUCCUGCGCUUCGACAGGGACCGAGGGGCGGAGGACGGCGGGGAGGCCGGCGGGAGCAGAGGCUCCGCCGUCCACGGGCCGUCCUCCGUGGAAGAGCGGCAGGAGCUGCUGGCGGGGGUACGGGGACAGGAUGAGGAAGAGGAAGAGGAAGAGGAGGAGGAGGAGGAAGAGGAAGGACACCACAGAAGCUCAGUGGUGAUGGGAGGAGCGCGGCAGAGGACCAGCGGGCUGCUGGAGGACGAGGACAUGGAGUGUGUGACCAGUUUGUAGGACCUGUGCCGGACAGCUCGUGAUUGCUGGCUCUGUUAGUCCCCGCCCCCUUCUCUCACACACACACACACACACACACACACCUCUCCUCUGCCAGAGGAAGUGGCUGCGAACAAUGGCGGCCACCACGCCACCUGAAACGCCACAAAUGCUUUGUACGUCUGAAUGUUUGUAGUAAAGUAUAUCACAUAUACUCUAUAUUAUCAGAGUGUACGCUUGUGUGUGCGCGUUUUUCCCCUCUCUUUGUACGCACAUUCGCGUGUGUGCGUGAGAGAGAGUGUGUGUGUAUGUCUCUAAAGUGCCUCACAGUUUUCUCACGUCCUCAAAGUGUGACGAGCAAAGGCGGCGAAGGGAAGGAAAAGAUGUGUAAUACUUUUCGUCGUCUUUUGUGCGCUCGUUGUCGGUUCGGCCGCCGCCGGGGAAUCGGGUGACGGCGAGUGCCAGGACGGAGCUCCUCCUCCUCCUCCUCCUCCUCCCCCUCCUCGGUUCACUCGGGAUGAAGCGCUGUAUCGUCAAAAAAUUAAAAAAGGGGAAAAUUGCGUCCUCCUCUUCCAAAGGAACGCCCCCUCCACUGGGGGGUGUGAGGCAUGGACCGACAGCCGGCAAAAUGGCUGACAAACUGGCUGUUCAGCUCCAUCUGGCUUCCUCCUCUGUUUUUAUUCAGCCACAACAGGAAACGCGAGGAGGAUUCAUACCUCGCCGUCCCGCCGUUUUCUUUUUGGGCUUCUUGAGGUUCGCGGUGAGCGAAUGGCGAGGAGUUGAACAGGACUCUGGGCAAGCGCUUCCUCUUCUUCCUCCCCCACGCUGUAUUCAAACUGGCUCGCCAUUUUGUUUUGCUCCUCAUGCUGUUUAAUUUAUCCUUGAUUUGUUUGCACAAUCGGGGUGCUGGUCUUUCUCAACGUACUUUUAGGCGAAUUUUAAGCGGUUUUAAGUAACGAAGCAGAGCGCAGACUUUUAUUUUUGGGUGGUGCGCGUCUGCGUUGGUACGAUUGUGCGUGCGUGCGUGCGUGUGAGAUGGGGGUCCUUUCUCUCAAUCAGUAUGCACCUUUUACAGAUUGUAUCUAUUUAUUUAUUUAUUUUUCCCAGAGGACAGAAGUGAGUGUGUGCGCAUUUUGAGUGGUUACUUAUGUACUCUUAAAAGAAAAAGCUGAUUUUUAAACCUAGACAAUAAUUUAAGGUAGCAUUACAAGUGUGUGUGUGUGUGUGUCUGUGUGUGAGUGCGUGUGUGCGAGUGUGUGUGGUAAUGGGCCUCCUUAAGGCAGGGUUCCCACGGACAGGCAUGCUUCCAAAGCGUUUCAAGUUACGUUAGCUGCAAGGACACGAGAGAACUAUUUUUCGCAUAUUAAUCAUCACAGAUUUUUUUUUUUGGUUUUGUUUUUGUUUUUUUGGCUCCGAGGUCAACAGCUUUUUCUUGAUGAUUGUGCUAAAAAAAAUACAACAACAACGACAACAAAAAGUUGGAAAUGCCGUGAAAGGGCCGUAACACACUGUUAUCACUGAGACAAGUCGUCUUUCUCUUCAAAUGAAUUCUUAGGGCUGAGUUAAAGAUGCUGCAAGAAUUUUUAACCUUUUGUGAAACAUCUUCGAGGAAACGCUUCCAUUUAUUGCGCGUUUUUGGGCAUGCGCGUUUUUGUUCGUCUGAAAUUUGUAGCAAGAACGCUGCGGCGCUGUCACAAAGCAUCAAAUCUUGUGUGGAAAUGUCAAUUUACGAGCGUAAGUUAUAGUUUCGACAAGCUUUGUAGCUCGGACUCGGAAUCAGUAGAGGACAGGGUGUCGCAAAGAAACACGCAACUUGGAUAUCACGACAAUGACGCCGUCCUCGCGUGCAUGGUUGGCCCGAAAUGUGCGUGCGUGCGCUGUGACUUACCGUUGCCUCUCGAGGAGAAAACCAGGUGAACCUGGAAAUAAAGAUCUCAUUUGACACAUUUCUCCCAAGACAACACUGCCAUGUGUCCCACUCAUAGCAGCUCUUGGCUGAAGAGUGAUGCAGUAUUCAGUAUCACUUUAAGCUCACUUUAACGCUUACUUGUGAGGACUCCGUGUGUGUGUGUGUGUGUGUGUGUGUGUGUGUGGCAGGAACACUCUUGUGACAUGAGAAUUAUGCAAACUAAAUGUGAAUGUGACGUGGCUCGAAAGCACUGUUGGCGUUUUGAAUUCUGCCUCGCUUACAGCUUUGAUUUGCCGCUUCGUUCGAAUGCAGGAGGUCAAUUGCAUAUUUGGAAAACGAUCUAAAUUUAGCGUGUCGUUUGAAGUGAUUGAACUAAAGGCCCUGUUGACCGUUCCCCAGAUUUGACCCCAAGUAACCCUGUCCAGUAACGGCAAGAUAUGCAAAAGCAAUGCAAUAACUUUGUCUGCACGGUUCCCCCGCCGUAAACGUGACGUGAGAAAAGUCGACUGAGGUGUUUUGUAUCCCGCCCAUGCUAGAGAAACCGAACAUACUUGAAAUCAGGAGAGAUGCAGUUUAGUCGAGCGAUGUUGUGUUGACUAACCUGAAAUCAGUAUUCUUUUUUUUUAAUCCAGAUGAGUUUCUUAAUUAUUUUCUCUGGUUGUGUGACUGACUGGCAGUUGUUACCAUCACGACGUCAAAGUGGCUCCUUGAUGGUUCCGGUACUUACAGUAACCGAUAUAUGAAAUGAAGGGGUGAUUUUGCAUAUCUUGAACAGGACAGCAGUUUUUCUUUUUUUGGUGUUGGUUUUUUUUGUUUAAUUCUUGGAAAAAAAGGGCUGCUCCGAAUUCAAUGUUGAGCUCAUUUAAAGCCCCCCUCCCCGACAUAUAUUAUAUGAUCCUGACUUAUUUAUUGAUUCUGAUAUUUGCGAGAGGGUUUUUCCAGACAAGAAAGGUCAGUCAGAUCUUGGGUCAGUUUGCCAGACGCAUGAUUGAGAAGGAACCCACAGAUUAUUGGCACUACCAUUCAUUUCAAAGGGGAAUGAUGAUUUUCGAUGAGUGUUGAAAAGGGACGCAAACGAUGAUUAAUACUGCCUCACCACAGGUCGUCGAUUGUAUAUUUUGAUACCGUAAUGAAUAUAUAAUCAAGAGUAUGUUGAGGAAUGAGCGUCUGGGAAUGUAUUUACGGCCUACUGACUGUAGCGUCAGCAGGAAUUUAUUGGAAACUCCCACUUGAAAUAACUUAUUUUCUGACCCAUAGGAAUAUUGUAUUUAUCGCGGAAGCGUUUAUGAGGAUAUUUUCACGACGUCCUUGAAAUAUAUAGGAAGGUGGAACUAAUGCAGUGUUUUGGCUCACUGAGAUGAGUCAUUUCAUCACUUUUGUGCGCGUGUGCUGGCGAUUCUCCUGUUCUGUAGCAGCACUGAGUUGACCUCUUUACAACUGUACAAUUUGGAUUUGAGUGACCAAAACAAUUUUGAAAGGAGGGAACUAAAGUAGCGUUUUGGUUUGGACGAGCGUUUUUGUCAAACACGUCCAGCGCUGCUACACGGACACGGAAGAGAAAAGACAGUAUUUUCCUCCCGAGAAGCAUAUUUUACAUAUUUCCCUCAAGCAUGGCCUCCAAUCAAUUGAAACUGAGAAUGAGCGAGUGUACAGAUAUUUUGUGGUAGAGGCUGGGAAAGUAUAUUCUAGAAUGCUAGUUUCUAUAGCAACUAUUUUAGAUAUGAAAUGGAGAAAUAUGAUACAUUGUGUUGAUGAAAAGAUAGCGAUGGACAGUGCAAUGAACAGAAACGGGUUUGCCGGACUUGAUUUAAUAUUCCCUCAUAAGUUUCCUUUCUAUGAGCGAGUCUUGACAGAUGUGACCAAAGCAAACGUUAUUUCUUCAAAGCGAACACAGCUUAUCAGCGGUAUUGAAAUUGUUUCGUAGCAGCUGAGGCUUUGUUCUUACGACUACUAUUUUGUUCACUUGCGAUGAAAACAAACUUCCUGGCGUCCGAAAUUUUAGUCAAGACACACGCGUGUCACCUUUUUAGCUCACAACGCGUGCAUGUAUGGGUGUGUGUGUGUGUGCAGCUUUAAUGAGCCUUUAUUUUGCUGAUAGGAAUGUUCACGUUUUGGUUUGAUUCCAAAUCCUGGCAGAGGGCUCGCACGUGUGCAUUUCCGUUUUCAGGCUAAUCGGAACCCUGUGCAAAGUUUUACAAGCUCCCUCGCAGGGUUGUUUUUGUCUUCUCCGCAGCUGGUAAUCGAGAGGCGUUCAAAGACCAAUUAGUUAGUUCCCUCACAUGUAGGGUUGGAUAACGUCGCCCUGUUUUACUGUCACAAACGGAACGACAAAGAGGAAUGACACAAGCCACAACCCAUCGUUUGCGUGAGGGCUUUUCAUUGGCCGACAUCACUUGGUCGCCUUGGUUACGGCUGCAUGGUCUCACACUUUGACGCAACCUCUUCUUUUUCUAACUUGUUUCUUUCCUUUCUUCAUUUCAUUUUAGACUUUAGAAAAAGGGAAAGAAUAUACAAAUUUAAUCAAAAUAUUAAGUCAAUCACUUUUUCUACUCCUAUUUUCCAAAAAAAAAAAAAAAAAAUGACACUGAAAAAAAACCAAGAAAAAAGUUGAUUUGUAAAUAAGUCGUGUACAGUUUGUAUCUGUAAGUCAUCAGUCUGUCAUUGGUGACAGAGUCUGUCUUGCCUAUAACGCACGCUACCAGUAAAUUAAAAAAAAAAAAAAAAAAGGAAAAAUUAUAUUUAGACUGUAUGGUCCCUUGAAAGCAAGUUUUAAAUUAAUAUCUGAUGUAUAUUCCUGUAACAUUGCAUUUUUAUCCGAGGAAUGAUGUUAUUAAAAAAAAUUGCAAAUAAAUUGCAUUUCCUACAGUCGAGUGUCAUUGAUGCACCUUAUUAUACUGUACUUUACAAUUUGGUUCAAUGUUUGCUUGAGGACGUUUCAUCAAAUCCUGAAUUCUAAUGUUUCUCUGUAAAACACAGAAGAUUCCGGUGGGUUUGAAAGCAUCACAAGCUUCCGCGUGAAGCUUCGCAGUCUUCUCGCGAGGUGAUGACGCGGUCCCAUACGGAAGUGUCGAGGUGAGCUGCUUGUCGUGUCGCAACUUUUCGUUUAUUUUCUGGCAGCCGAUGUAAGAAGAAACACGAUUAAAUCCAUAGAUUUCGAGACGUUUAAGUGCUAUUAUUAAAUGCUUGUUUUGUCUUUUAAAAAGAAACGUUUUUCACGUUCACAUGAUCCUUCGAAGCUUGUUGUGCAUCCUUUCCAGCAUCUUUGGGCUAUUCCUCCAGGCAGACGAGUGACUUCCACAUGCUGGUGCCUCAUUGAGAAGAGCCUGCAGAAGACUGAUGUUUAGCACGCUAAAUGUCCGAAUAGUAACUAUUUAAUUAUUCUGCUAAUUGUUUAUGAUUAUGUUGACGCAAGCCACUUGUAUGAUACGUGCUAUUUAAGCACUUGCUCUGUUCCCCAGGGUCAACUUGGAUUUGUUGUUUGUUUCAAAUAAAGCAAAGUACACUGCC